CAUACAAUGAUACUGAUACACAGACAUCCACCCUCCCAUACAGUGAUACUGGGUACAGAGACGUCCACCCUCCCAUACCAUGAUACCGGAUACACACACAUUCACCCUCCCAUACACAGAUACCUAGUAAACGGACGUCCACCCUCCCAUACAGUGAUACAGGAUACACGGACAUCCACCCUCCCAUACAGUAAUACCGGGUACACAGACAUCCACCCUCCCAUAAAGUGGUUGCUUCUAUUGGCAAUAGAAUCGUCACACUACUCUAAAAAUUGAUUUGUGAAUAUGCUGGCUUUCACUAUAUAGGAAUACCCGAUGUAAAUAUUUUAAUAUCGAUAUUUAGACGCGAGUCCUGGUAUAGUUAGCGCUCUGUGAGUCCUGUAUAUACGAGACCGUCGUGUUUCCCCACUAGACAUAGAUCACGGUUCUACGGUGUUAUAAUUCGGAUACUGGUAUCAUGGAAUGGACAUGAUCUGUGAAACAAUUUUCAAGUGUUGUUGAUGAAGUAUUCGUGUUGUCCUAUGGAGGAGGUGUUCGUGGUGUUAGUCCUGUUCGUUAAGGUUGCCUGGUGUAACAACACCGAAGUAUGUACAAACCUACACGACAAAUUCACCUGUGAACACGGUUGUUGUGGCGACUACCGGAAGGAAAGAUGCUGCUCUUUUGCGGGAACCAUAGUUGGUAUCGUCAUUGGCAUUGCUCUCUUCAUCAGCUUCAUCGCCGGACUCAUCUACUGUUACAUCAAAAAGAGGGGCCGACACGGCUCCAUAUUUCCCUUCGGAUGCAAUAGAUCGGCUCCUGCCGAGGGGGCACAACGGCGACAGCCCGGGCGAGUCACAGUAAUACAGACUACGCAUUGUUAUAACGCAGGGCGAGGUAGACGAGGAAUUCACAGUUCUGUGGCUGGAUACGACGGGUUUGUGCCGUACUCCGAGUCAAAUAUACCAGCGGUAAAGCCGCCCCUGCCCCCGGCCUACGAACCUGCGCUCCCUCCUCCGCCGUCUUACUCCUCACUGGGCGGGCGAACAAGUACUGGUAUUAGCACCGAAGAAAACUAUAGUCCCGCUCAUACAACGCCGCCCGUUUCGUGACCACGACUCUACAAAUUGUGUAAUAACUUGGUAUAGUAUAAGAAAUGUGGUAUUACCGUAGUUUCAACAGGCAGUAUUUUGAACCUGUGAUUUCUAAAGCUUUUAAAAAUCCUAACAGUGAGAUUUCUAUCUAUUUUUAGAAAGGCCACAUGAACUUUAAUGAUCUCAAUAGUGAACACUGGAAUUUCUGUAUUUUUCAAUUUCAAAGGUCUCGGCGAAUCCCGAGAUUUCUACAACCUCAAUCGGUCGCCUCUUUUGUAACUUCAGUCUCCAUAAGCUCUACUCGCGAGACUCCUUUAAUUCCUAUCUAUAUAUUGUGACCACAGACAUUUAUAGAAAUUAUUGAAAUCCUUCUCCACUUUUCAGACCUAUGUACACGUAUACGACUUGGCGUUGAAAACUUUGGUGGUUUUGUAAGCUGUGCCUUUAUAGUGACUUUAAAUUGGCAAAAUGCGAAGCUAUUUGAAUAAUUCCAUUUGUCAUUUGUUGUAACUGUUAUAGAUUUGUGUACAGUUUUAUACCAUAUAGUCCAUUGUUUCUGUUCUCAUCCUUUAUUUCAAAUAAUCGUUAGCCAUUACUUUUGACAAAGCCAUGUAUCACUUCAAAUUCGAAUUAUUCUAAUGAAAGUGAAGGACUCUGAUUGCUACAAGACCUUAAUAACCACAAGUUGCGGGGCGGGGCGGG